GCAAACAUGUCUCCAAAGAAAAAGACAAAAAAGAUUACAAAGAAGAAACAAGACAGAUGUGACAAUGACCUGGAGGCAAAGUACAGACGCAGCGUUCUGGAUGUGGCCAUCCUACAGGAUCACAUUGCUGUACAGUGUGAGUCUGUAAGAACGGUCCAGUCUGAUAGGAUUGACCUGAGGAGACGUGUGAGAGACAUGGAGCAGAAGCUGCAGCAUGAGCGACAAGACCACAGGGACGUCAACUCUAACAUCAGUCGCCAGUACAAAACCAUGCAGACAGAACUGACUGACAAGACGAAGAGGCUGGAGAAGGAGGUCAGCCAGCUAAAUGAAGAGCUUGCUCUGUGUCAGGAGGAACUGAGGAAAGAGAAAGGAGAGCGGGAGAAGAUGGAGCAGGAGAAGGAUGCCACCAUCGCUGAGCUCCAACGCAAACUGGACAACAUGGAAACAGACUAUGAGAAGAUCCUGCAUGAUACUCUGGACAGCCUGACCUCGCAGCUCUCUGUGGCUCGACAGCGGUGGGAGGGCACGAGCACGACCUUUCAUCAAAACUCCCAGGGGCUGCUCUCUGAAUUUGGCCUGAAUGCACUGGACAUCUGAAAGAUGGGCUCCUCACAAAUGAAAGCAGCAGCACUUCUUAGAGAGAGUUUGGCUGAAUUGAACAUUGUGUAACUUUGCAAGUCACAAUUCAGAAUAUGUAGCACAGAGAUGGAUGUUGUUAUUACAUAAUAUUUUACCACCAUUGUCUAUAGACUGAGUUAUCUAAACAUGUAUUCAGGGGUUCACCAUGGAGUGUCUGUAAUGUUGUGUAAUGCCCACUAGAUGUAGCAAAUGACUGUUUGAGGUAGGGGAGAUGUUGGCCAGUAUACAAACAUAUAGAAUACAUAUACAGACGUUCUUAAGUUUGGUGUUUUAUGUGUAAAUAUGUGGUUUUCUUUGUUCUUUUUGACACAAAAUAUUUUUAAAAUGAAUUAAAUUAUGUGACGAUUAGGAUUACAGUUACAUGCUAUGGAAUUAUUGAAGCUGGAAAGAGCAUACUGUACUGUGCAUAACACAUAAAGGCACGGUAGCAAAACGGACAAUGCUUUUUAUCAUUUCUCAUUUAUCCUGAGUGAGCGUACCAGAGGCCAAAUAUGGACGUAAGAGGCAGCAUCACCACCACUGCUAUAUUACAGUUAAUAAUACCACACUGCUGAGUUUGCAUUCAACACACAACUAUCACUAAACAGAAAGUAUAAGGAAGGAAAAUAUAAAAAGUAAACAAAAAUAUGAGGUCGACUCACAAUAGACAAUAACUACAGUAAG